AUGGAUAUAAUUUUACUAAGAAUUAUUUUGCUGGUAGGAGAGCAUAUAACUUAUUCCUUAUUUCAUCAAAAUAUCUCUAUAUCUAUACAAAUCUAUAUUUUCGAUUUACCUGAAAAAAAAAUUCCCAUUUCACUUCCUUUCCGCCUUAUCUUAAAAAGCACCGUACAAAUUCUAUUGAUUUCACUGUUCACGAUAAUAAAUUCUGCUUUUGAAUUUUUUUUUCAGGAUUAUUCAUUGGCUUGCUUUAUUAUAUUUAAUAAUCUCAAUAAUGAAAAGCCGCUGAAUUAUGACAAUGCUUCAUUGUGAUAUAUAAUAAUAAUAAUAAAUUAG